GAAUGAAAGCCUUUGCCUCAGCCAUUCUGAGAACUAUCGUCCUACUUAGCAGAAAACAUGGCAACUCCCACUACUGUUAGUAAAGACAAAUACAGAUCCUACUUGAGUGAAGAGGAGCUCAAGAACACAAAAUGGCGUGCUGGCCCUCCUAAUUACGACCUCGUAAAUAAGCUCUUUGAAGAAGGGCGAACCAAAAUAUGGGCUGCUGGAUCACUGGAAGACCAAGUGCAGAAUCUUGUCAAGACAUGGGAAAUGGAAUCCAUCCACAAGGCCAAUCCAGAUGACUACAAAACAGUUGAUGCUAAGAAGUAUGUUGUAGGCAUCAAUGGCAAAAGGUACUUUACAUUGGAGGAAGCGAGAAGGAUAGGUGGAGGGUACAAUGUUUUCUUACAGACAUCUCUGCCACCAGCAUUAAGGUCAUAUGAUCCUGAUCGAGAGACGUACGAAUCGUCCCAAGCUGCUUUUAAAACAGUAUUCCCUCGAGGAUUCGCUCUUGAAGUUCUUCAAGUUUAUUCGGGGCCUCCGGUGAUUGCCUACAAGUUCAGGCACUGGGGUUACAUGGAGGGCCCUUUCCAAGGACAUGCUCCCACCGGGGAAUUGGUUGAAUUCUUCGGAACAUCCAUUAUUCAGAUGGAGGAUUCCAAGGUUGUGAAGGUUGAGUUCUUUUUUGACCGUGGAGAACUACUGGCACAGCUUAUCAAGGGGGAAAAAAUGGGUGAAUGUGGAAGCAAUGUGGCCUCAGCUUGCCCUUUCAUGGCUUAACCAUCAUUAUUUUUAGUUUUCUGUUGUUUUUACAUGUACGUUUCCUUCUUCUUAUGUAAGUUUGGAAUAAUUCUGAAUGGGUAAAAAGCAAUUUAUUAAAUGCGAUUAUUAGUAGUUGUUUCUA